CCUUUUCUUUUUCUCGUUAGGAAAGCAUUUUCUUUCCUUUAAUUUGUCUUUGUGCUCCUUCUCUCUUCUCACUUUCCUUUUUUGAUUUGGUGCUCUCUUCGCAUUUCUCUUUGGUCGUCUUGCUUCCUCUCUUUCGUUUUGCCCUUUUGUUUUAUUUUUUGAUUCCCCCACCAAGUUUUUCCUUGUAGUUCUUUCCUGUAAAGAUCCAUUAAACUUUAUUAAAGAAGGAAGAAGAAAUAUAUACUAAAGGGGUAUAGAAGAACAAUGGUUUUCUCAUCCAAUUGGUCGCAGGUUUCACUUCUUGGAUCUUCCAUUACUAAAUGUUCUCUCCUACGAACUCGAAUCAUCAACAGCAUCAGCUUCAAGAGAAUGGAAGUUUAGUGAGUGGCCACGGACUACUUUCUAACCAACUUCCACCUUACCCACCAAACCCUAACCCUAGCCACCACCAUGCAGCUGCCUCCAGUGGUCUUCCGGCGAGGCUUGGUGCAUCCAUGGCUGAAAGAGCGAGACAGGCCAAAGCUCCUCCGCCUGAGGGAGCCCUAAAGUGUCCACGAUGCGACUCCCUCAACACUAAAUUCUGUUACUACAACAACUACAACCUCACUCAGCCUCGCUACUUCUGCAAGGGUUGCCGCCGUUACUGGACACAUGGAGGCGCUCUGAGGAACGUCCCCGUGGGUGGAGGCAGCCGGAGGAAUAGCAAAAAGGGCAAAAAUGGUAAUUCAAAAUCUUCUUCUUCUUUGUCCAAACAGUCUUCUUCCACGGUCAACGCUCCAAGUUCUAGCUCCGGACAGCUGAGGACAAACCAUCAGUUCCCUUUUUCACCAACUCUUCACAAUCUCACCCAACUCGGAGGUAUCGGUUUGAAUUUAGCUGCUACUAAUGGCAACAACCAAGCUCACCAGAUUGGUCCGAGUUUAAUGAACGAUCUAGGGUUUCUUCAUGUUGGAAAUGAACGAACCGGAAACAUUCAUGACAACAACAAUAGCGUUCAAAACAACCUAAUGGCUGCUGCUGGAUCAAUGAAUCAGUUCACUCUCUUCGAUCCAGCGACGACCCUAUACGCUUUCCAGAACGAGGGCAAUAUCGGAAUAUCAUUUUCCUCUACUUCCAUGGUUGAUUCUAGGGCUUACCAUACAGCCCCCGUUAAGAUGGAAGAACAACCCAGUUUGGUUAACUUGUCUAGACCGGUCUCUAGUUUGACGCCUCCGGGGAAUCAAACUAGCCAGUACUUUUGGAACAAUUCGGAUUUAUCGGGUCCGUCUUCUAACGAUCAUCAUCACCAACUCUUGUGAGGUUUUGUAAUGUAUGUUUACGACGUGGAGGCUGAUUUAAAUGACUACGAACUGUCAUGAUCAAAUGCAUGCAUAGUACGUGUGUGGGACAAUGAUCGUGGAGUAGUAUAAUGAUAGAAACUAAAAGGUGUCUUCAUUACAGCUUAAUCAGGUGUGUCAUAUAAUUUCUUUGGAUUGUGUGGUUUGAUGGUUAAUCUGAUUCUCAAGUUGCUAUGUCUCUCAACGAAUUCGUGUCGUGUGUGUAAUAGUCCAAUUUAUAUAAUUUCAAAAACUAAAUCUCAUGGAAUAUAUAAUGUUUUCAGCUA